AUGGAGAAGAAGAAACACUUUGUUUUGGUUCAUGGAGCUAGCCAUGGUGCUUGGUGCUGGUACAAGCUUGUUCCCCUUCUCAAAUUGGCUGGUCACCAUGUCACUGCUUUAGACCUUGGUGCUUCUGGGGUCAAUCCAAAACAGCUAGAUGAGCUUGAGUCCAUUUCUGACUAUGUUCAACCAUUAAUGGAAUUCAUGGCCUCACUUCCUCAACAUGAGAGGGUGAUUUUAGUUGGUCAUAGCUAUGGUGGCUUUGCUUUAUCACUAGCCAUGGAGAAUUUUCCUGAGAAAAUCUGGGUAGCUGUUUUUGUCUCAUCCUUUAUGCCAAAUUAUACUGAUCCACCAGCAACGCAAGUACAAGAAUAUUUGAAGAGGCUAUCAGAGGAAUCCGUAUUAGAUAGCCAGUUCAAGUUUGAUCGAGGGCAAGAAAACCCGCCAACAUCAGUUUCUCUGGGGCCAAAGUACUUGGAAACCAUUAUGUAUAAGAACUGUUUACCAGAGGCAAGUACACAAUCAACAGGCAAAGUCAAAUCUUCACAUGGAUGCUCGAUAAUGGCGUUUGAUGAUAUUGAGUUAGCCAGAGUGCUGAUCAGGCCCCACAAGUUUUUCUUGGAAGACUUGGCCAAGGAAUCUUUGCUAAGUAAAGCUAAAUUUGGAUCAGUGGAGAGGGUGUUUGUGGUGUGCAAAGAAGAUGGAGUGUUCGGGGAGGAAAUUCAACAAUGGAUCAUUGAGAAUAGUCCAACAAAAGAAGUUAAAUUCAUUGAAGGUGCUGCUCAUAUGGUCAUGCUAUCAAAGCCCAAAGAUAUUUGCCUGUGUCUCGAGGAAAUUGCAGAGAAGUAUUUGUGA